CUGUAGGGGACGCCACAUCUUCCGCCAUUUUAUUUAGAGACCGAUAUUGUUUUUAUUAUCGACUGUUUGUGAGAUUAGAAGCAUUUGCAGUUUGUGAAUUUGUUUUAUAAUAUUCAGUGCCCCAUAAUUUCCCCAUUUAAAAUGAAUUCGGACAGGGAGAACAGAGACAGGUCGAGAGAUCGUGACAGGACACGCAGAGAUAGGCCAACUCGUUUUUCAGAGUCAAGCAGGGAUCGCAGCCCUGACAGGGGGAAGGAUCGUGGUGGAAUGAAAUCUUCUAACAAUAGAAUCUAUGUAUGCAACAUUCCAUAUGAAUAUAGGUGGCAAGAUCUGAAGGAUCUAUUCAGAAACCAUGUUGGUGAUGUUGCCUUCGUAGAGUUGUUUGUUGAUGAAAACGAUAAAGCCAAGGGAUGUGGCAUUGUAGAAUUCUCGGACCCUAAUUCUGUCAAGAAAUGUUUGGAGUGUAUGCAUCGUUUCGAGCUGAAGGGAAGAAAAAUUGUGAUCAGAGAAGAUUUUGGAAAUGCCAGAGACAAGUAUGGUAACUUAAUUGGUGGAAGUGGUGGUGGUGGAGGUGGCAGCUCUAAAAAGAGGGAAAAUAGAGAUGAGAACAGGGAUAAUCGCAGAUGGGAUGAGAGAAGGAACUUCGAUAACUCAAAUAACAUGCAGAAUAAUCAGAUGGGUCCACCUGCCAUACCAGAAAACAAAUGGGGGAACACUUAUGGUCUUAGCCCUGCAUUCCUUGAGGAGCUCAACAUCAAUUGUUCUCUAAGCACACGAGUCUUUGUUGCAAAUUUGGAAUAUAAGGUUGAUGCGAAGAAGCUGAAAGAGGUGUUUAGGAUGGCUGGCAAAGUGCAGUAUGUUGAUAUACCAUUGGGUAAGGAUGGUCAAAGUCGAGGUUUUGCUGUUAUCGAGUACGACCACCCGGUUGAGUCUGUCCAGGCAAUUUCUAUGUUUCACAAUCAGCCGUUGUUUGAUCGCAUAAUGACCGUCCGCAUGGAUCGUGGAGGUGAAAGGGAAAAACUACCGGAUGGUCUGAAAACUAUUGGUCCGGGCUUGGGAUCGAACGGGGAACCUCUCAAGGAUGUCGCUAGGAAUCUACCCAACAUGGGCAUGUCUGGUCAACAGGAUAAUGUGAAUCCCGGACCUGGUAUCCUAGGGGCCGUUCCGAACUUACAGUUGGGUGUAAACGCUGCGAACGCUUUGACGAAUCUGAACAACGUGAGCUCGGCUCUUGGUAAUUUGAAUUCCACUUCCGCUGUCCUUCAGGCCGCAAAUCUGGCCGGAGUAGGUGGUUUAUCCGGCAACUUGCUGAGUGGUGGUCUAGGAAAUGCCGACCUGAGUUUGGCCGCAAAUCUUGUCCAAAACAAUCCUUCGUUGGCCGCCCUCGCUGCUUCGUCGAACAACAUGAACAAUUCUUCAAACAAUUUCAACAGGCCCGAUGGCCAGUCCUCAUUUUUAUCUCACCAGCAGAACACCGGAUACAAUAAUUCUAACAACAACCCCUCCAACAACAGAAAUUACCAGUCGUACGAUCCGAAGUCGAACUACAACAACAACUUCAAUAGUAAUAAUGAUCGCGAAUCGCGCAAUAACAGUAACAGUAACAACAUGUAUCCCGGCAACAAUAUGGGUGGAAACAACAACAUGGGUGGAAAUAGCAACAUGGGCGGCAACAACGCUCCCAACAAUCACAUGAGGCAAAACGAGAUCAAGCAGCAGUUUUCGAAGAAAAUUAUGAUAUCCAAUUUACCGCCCACUGCGAGUUACAAGAUGUUAAGUGAUAAAUGCCGUGAGUUUGGCACUGUUGAACUUGUCGAGGAACAGGGAGUCGGAAAUAUUGUUGUUACCUUCCGUAACGAUUGGGAAGCUGAUCAAGCCAUAAAGAAUAUGGACAGGGCGAGGAUCGAUGGUCGAACAAUAGAUGUCCGCUUUUAUUAAAUACUACGUAUUUAGUACCGACGCAGAGAAUUCGUUUAAUUUUUAAGGACCUGUUUUUUUUUGUAACAUUUUGAACUCCUCACGAGUUUGUAACAUUCAGAGUAACAUUUAUGUUUCCCGCAUAGUUUUUUUUUGUUUGAACACCUCAGAUUGACUUUUAGACGAUUAUUGUUUUAAAUAUAUUUUUUUGUUUAUACAAUUUGUGAACGAAAAUUGUUAUAAAUCGUUUGCAGUUGUUUUUUCCCUUGCAUCUCGGUAAGAGUUUUUUUUUUCGUCGCUCGUGUAGUCGAAAAUAUGUUCUUUAUCCUCAUAUUUCUCUCUAUCUUUCACUUCACGCACUGUGCGUUCUGUAGCUGGGACUCAAAACAUAGAAAAUCGUCUUGUAUUAUUAUUUUUUUUUCUCUCUUACGAACAAUAAAAUGAAAUUGUGAAAAAAA